CGAGCCAUAAUUACAACACUUCCUCCUUUUCUCAACCCGCAGGAAAUAAUCAAGGCAGCUGCACCGUUGCGGAAGUGACAUCAUCAUUGCGUAGCCGACCCAGUGUGGGCAGAACCCGGCAGUAACACUUGCUCAGCUAUAGACUGAUCGUAUUGCCAAUCAUUUUCCGCCCGUUUCACUUACUCGGGUGGAGGAACACGCCCUAGCGAGUGACGUCUCUCCGAACCAAUCGCAAACUCAGACAAUAACCCUCUCGCAAUAUUUGGGCGGGACCAGGAAUCACGAUUGACAGUUCGCAGGGCCAUUGAGCGAGCAGGAAAGCGCGGACGGGCCGUAGUGGGCAGUGACCGGACUGAGCGGCAGGAAGUUCAGCCAAUAGCGGCUGGAGUUGCCUUGAAAGGCUCCGGGAGAAGGUCGGUCCUGCCUCGUCGUGUGGCGCGGCCGGCGGGAGAGGUGGGAUUCCUGCUCUGCAUCGCCUGGGGAGACGGAGAUAGUCUUAGCACUACGAGGGGGCCGCGAGGAUCGCACCCACGGACUUGUCGUUGGCAGCCACAUACCAACCGGGCCCGGAGUUCCUUCUUCCUCGUGCUCUACGCAGUGGCGUCAGGCGCUUUGUCUGCAUCCCAGGCGGGUGAGGCGGAGACACGAGUAGGAGGAGGGAGUGGGGGAGCGACCCCACAGGGUGGAGGUACGGGGCAGGACACUAAAUCAUCGAUGUCUUAGCUGUGGACUUCUUGGAAAAAUUUGAAAAAACUGCUAAAGGAGGAGGGCGGGGCAUUCAGCCCUGUCCUCCUCCUCUUCGAAAUACUGCCUCUUGCGUCUUCGGACCCCCACCCGCAGAAAUUGCAUGUAGGUUUGUCAUGAGUCCGUCCGGCUGCUCCCAUGUGAACAGCUUUAAAGUGGACAAUUGGAAGCAGAAUCUGCGUGCAAUCUACCAGUGCUUUGUGUGGAGUGGGACGCCUGAAACCCGGAAAAGAAAGGCUAAGUCGUGCAUCUGUCAUAUGUGUGGUGCUCACCUGAACAGACUUCACUCUUGCCUGUACUGUGUGUUCUUCGGUUGUUUUACAAAGAAACAUAUUCACGAACACGCAAAGCUUAAAAGACACAAUCUCGCCAUAGAUUUGUUGUAUGGGGGUAUAUACUGCUUUAUGUGUCAAGAUUACAUAUAUGACAAAGACAUGGAGCAAGUUGCCAAAGAAGAACAAAGAAAAGCAUGGAAAUUGCAAGCUUUUGCUCCGUCAUUGGCUUCUCCUUACCAGUACACAAUGACAGGUGUUGGAGAAAAGUAUUCAACGUGGGAGCCAACAAAGCGGGAGCUAGAGCUGUUACGGCAUAACCCCAAAAGAAGGAAAAUAACCACAAACUGCACCAUAGGUCUGCGAGGCCUAAUCAAUCUCGGGAAUACAUGUUUUAUGAACUGUAUCGUCCAGGCACUUACCCACACUCCCCUGCUACGAGACUUCUUCCUUUCUGAUCGCCACAAAUGUGAAAUGCAAAGCCCCAACUCUUGCUUGGUUUGUGAAAUGUCAACUCUUUUUCAAGAGUUCUACUCUGGGCAUCGAUCUCCACACAUUCCAUAUAGGCUACUGCACCUUGUAUGGACACAUGCACGGCAUUUAGCAGGGUACGAGCAACAGGAUGCACAUGAGUUUCUAAUUGCUGCAUUAGAUGUACUACACAGACAUUGCAAAGGUGAUGACAAUGGAAAGAAGGCCAACAAUCCGAACCACUGUAAUUGUAUCAUAGACCAAAUAUUCACAGGAGGCCUCCAAUCUGAUGUAACCUGUCAAGUGUGCCAUGGGGUUUCAACAACAAUAGACCCGUUCUGGGACAUCAGCUUGGAUCUACCAGGUUCUUCAAGCCCAUUUUGGCCGCUGAGCCCUGGUGGUGACAGUGGUGUGGUGAAUGGGGAAAGUCAUGUGUCAGGAACGACAACCUUAACAGACUGCCUGCGAAGGUUUACCCGACCAGAGCAUCUAGGAAGUAGUGCCAAAAUCAAAUGCAGUGGUUGCCAUAGUUAUCAAGAGUCCACUAAACAGCUUACUAUGAAAAAGCUGCCUAUUGUGGCUUGUUUUUUUUUCAAACGGUUUGAACAUUCAGCAAAGUUGAGGAGGAAGAUCACAACUUAUGUGUCAUUUCCCCUGGAAUUAGACAUGACACCAUUCAUGGCCUCUAGCAAAGAGAGCAGAAUGAAUGGUCAGUAUCAGCAGCCACAAGACAGUUUAAAUAAUGACAAUAAGUAUUCCUUGUUUGCAGUAGUUAAUCACCAGGGAACCUUGGAGAGUGGGCAUUACACAAGCUUCAUCAGACAACAUAAAGACCAGUGGUUCAAGUGUGAUGAUGCGAUUAUCACCAAGGCUAGCAUUAAAGAUGUACUAGAUAGCGAAGGGUAUUUGCUUUUUUAUCACAAGCAGUUCCUGGAGUAUGAAUAACUCCAUCAGCAUUUGUCUGAAAUGUGAAUAAAUAUAUAAAAA